UUCUUGGACAAUCAAAUCACCGGCGGGACCAGAGUCCAGAGAUGUUCGGCGUCGGAGCGAAGUUGCUCAGGUCGGCAACCACCGUCUCGCGUGCGGCGAGAGCGGCCACUGCCCGUCAAUUACCGUCCCCUCUUUUCCCGUCCUCACCGUCUCGAUUAGUUCAUGGUGAUAAAAUUAAUGUACCGGAUGCAAACCCUGUCGCUCUUCAGAUGAUCAAUUACGCCCUCUCCCAUGCCCGGUCCCAAAAAUCAGACGAUUCAUACUCCCAGGGGAUGCUUGUGCUGGAGCAGUGUCUGUCGAAUCAGCUGAGUGAAGGCCGAGAUGCAGAAAACUCGAGGGGAUUAGUCUUGCUUGCCAUGUCUACUAUAUUAUCUGAGAGGGGGGAUUUUGAUGGAGCAAUGGAGAAGCUGCGUGUGAUUGAGGGCUUGAAGAAUUCUUCUUUGGGAGUUAGAGUUGCUGCUAUCGAAGCUCUCAUCGGACUAAACUUGGAGCUGGGGCAAGAUGAUGCUUCAUCAGUGCUCGCAGAUAAAUGCUUAGAGCUAUUGGCUGAGGAACCAAUAGAAAGUGGAAGUGCAGGAUCUAUGAUAAGUGCUCGUGCAAAAGCAGUGAAAGGGCUGGUUGAGUUAGUUCAUGGUGAUCUCGAUUCUGCUGGAUCAUAUUUUCAAGGGAGUGAUGGAGACAAAUAUUCCACUGGCAGUGUUGCCCUAUCUUACGGGCAAUUUUUGCAUUCCACAAUGAACUUUUUAUUGGCAAAGGAGAUAUACCAGAAGGUCAUUCAAGGAACAUCUGAGAAUGAGGGCUUGGCCGACGCUCAUUUGGCAGCUUGUAAUAUGAUUCCAGAGGAAGUCGCGUUGGGUGCAACAUGUGCUUUGGGACAGCUUGAAUCGCACUUGGGGAACUUUGGUGAUGCAGAGGAGAUACUGACAAAGGCUUUAACCAAAACGGAGGAAUAUUUUGGAUCUUAUCAUCCAAAGGUUGGGGUUGUCUUAACUUGCAUAGCUCUCAUGUUUCGGUGGAAAGCGAUGAAAGAUCGCUCAAGUUCUCUUUUAGUUCAGGAGGGACUGUUCAGAAGGGCCACUGAUCUACUGAAAGCUCCUGCAUUGGAUAGCAAAGGAACAGAGACAAAGGCUGGUAGAAGAGAUGUCAUAGCCUUGGCAAGAGGUGGUUAUGCAGAAGCACUUUGUGUCCAGCAAAACAGAAACGCUGAAGGGGAGAAACUGAAGAGCUGGGCUGAGUCCGCAUGGAAAAACCAUCGCCUCUCGCUGUCAGAGGCACUAGAUUGGCCAGGUCCUUCUUCCCACUUGCCGAUCAUAGAUUCCCGAACGAGCCGUGUACUGUAAAUGUGUUCCCGCUUCAGCGGAACUUGUAUAAUGCAAUCGAAGAUUGAUGCAGUUGUAUGAACUCUGUAUCUGUUUCUCCUCCUAUGUUAAACCGUGAAUAUGUAGCAUUUGAGAAACUAAUAAUGGCUGAGAUCAUGUAAAAUCCCUUUGUGCUGUUAUGCAUCUUAAGAGGGGGAACAAAGAUGUAUCUAUAUUGUCAACAGUUGGUGGAGCUUUCUUUUCAGUCA